AUGGAUAUUUUUGACGUGGAGAGUUUUGACGACAAUAUUUUUGACAAGAAGGAAGAAGAUCAAGGUAUUCAAAACAAGGGAGAUGAAGAUUUGCAAAAGAGAUUAAAAAGAGACGAAGAAGAAUAUUUGAAGCAUAAGAACAAAUUUAAUCAGUUUGCAGUUAUCUUCAACGAUGACCUCUUUGUGCAUGGCGAUGAGGUUAAUGCGAAACCCGGUGAAGAAGAUAUUCGUACAAAGAAGAUUAUGGAAGAUUGGAGAAUGCUAAAGGAGGGUCUUCCUGGUACGAUAUUCGUUAGGGCUUACAAAGGCUGUAAGGAUUUUAUACAAGCAGUGAUUGUUGGUGAACCAGGUACGCCUUUCCACGACGGCCUAUUUUUCUUCAAAAUAAUUUUUCCUGCGAGCUACCCAAACGAACCACCGGAUGUUACGUACCAUUCUCACGGUUUGCAAUUGCACCCUAAGUUGGGAUGGGAUGGGAAGGUUCGCUUAAGUCUUUUGAGAAAGAAAAAGUGGAAUGCUGACUUGUCGAAAUCUAACGUACUGAGAGUUUUGAUGUCGAUUCAAGAACGUAUACUGAAUUCGACGCCGUAUUUUGCUAAGCCUAACAAAAGGAUAUUACCUAGGUGGAUUUAUAAGAAACAAUCAGUGGCUUAUAAUCAAGGAACUUUUAGAUUGAAUUGCGAGACAAUGCUGGAAAUAAUGCAUAAUCCACCCAAGGAUUUUGAGUUCUUCGUGGCACAGCAUUUCCGGGACCGUACCCAUACCAUUCUACGUGCAUGUCUUGCAUAUAUCGACGGAGAAAAGGUUGGUGGUCCUAUCCAAGAUGAUGCUUCCUCUGUCUGCUCCACCAUAAGUGAUCAACAUGAUUCCUCUACCGUACCAGCUGACUAUGAUUCUUCGUCAUCAGAUGUUUCCUCUAUUGGCUCGACCAUAAUAUCGACACCUAAAUCGAAGAGAGAAAGAAAAGUAUCGUCAACUAAAGUGGUGGCAUCUAAAUCAUCGUUACCUUCCAAAGUCGUCACCUUAAAAUCGAAGAAGAAUGCUCGAGGUGCUACAGAUGAUCUAUUUGCGAGAUUCAAUCGAGCAUUACCUUUUAAAGGCGUCACUUCAAAUUCAUCGUCACCUUCUAAAGUUGUCACCUCAAAAUCGAAGAAUUUUCGAGGUGUCACGGAAGAUCUAUAUGCCAGAUUUUUUCAAGAAUUCAAAAUGAAUGGGUCUACUUUGGACUACUUCCUUGCUUCUUACUAG